UUGGAUUGGAAAUACGACCGCGGAGAAGAGACUGUCAAACGAAAUAUAUUCUGCUAAACUAUCUAGCCAGACGUUAAUGGGUACUGGUUUAUAUGUCAAAUGAGGGAAAAGCUUAGCAUGUCACAACAUAAAUCAAGGCUUCAAGAAUCAUUUUUUCGUGGAUCAUGUCGAGUUUCAUUCAAGGGAAAGUCUGAGGCAGAUCUGACAUCCUCUGGUGUGACGAAGAAGAGCUGUGAUAUCAUUGGCCAGAGGGAAUGGCCCCAGCCCUAACCAAGCUCUCCAAAGACGCCCACGGAAUCCACCUGGCGACCACUCUCGCCUCCAGCAACAUGGAUGCAAAUGGGGCAAUGCUCAACAUCGAGUGUGAUCCUAAGUUGAAACUGAUGGAGGACAGCUAUGCUCAGAGGGUGUGGCUCAACCUCUCCUCUCUGCCCUUUCUGGACACCUUUUGCUCUGGCACGAGUCCCCUUGAGUUUUCAGAGUCGCUCCUGUCCCCUCUGCUACAGGCCUCGGCUGGACAGUACAACACGGUGCUUCUCUCCAGCCCUGGUUCCCUGUGCAACCUCCUGUUCCUCAACAAAAACCUGAAGAACUCCCUGGCGGCCUGUCCAGGUGCACAAGACAUGUAUUUUGUUCCCGUCACUGAACACAAUAGCCAAGGUGUGGUUCAGCAGCAGCAGUGUCAGCACAGUGGCCAUGGACCAGAUGGCUAUGAUAUCCCCCAGUCCACUACAAAACACUGCCAGGGGGAUCGCAUGUCCCAGGACAACCCUGCUGUCCCCACACCCGCCAUAGCGAGACAGGGGGAGGGGGGCUCCAUCAGCACAGACACAGACACAGCUCUAGCCCAGCCAUGGGCCAGGGGGAAUAGGAGCCAGGGCCAGGAGCAGCCUGUGACUGCAAUGGUGGAGGAGGCAGUGAGCGAGCAGACCCGGUGGCACCUCUCCCAUCAAGCAGCCCUGUUAGGACAGGCUGGGCGGAUCCAGAGGAGGCUCCAGGCUCUGCUAGGGGACCACAUCUAUCGUCACUGCAGCCUCCAGCUGGAGGGUCUAAAAGAGAGGCAGGGCAGGGAAACCCUGGGUCCCCCCUCACCCCCAGCUGACACCAAACCCUUUGAUCCAGCCAUGGGGCAGAGACCGACAGGUACACAGAGCCACAGGACCCAGGGGCCUGCCCUACUGCAAACCUCCUCAGUCCCAUCCCCUUCUAAAGACAUCCAGGAGUUUGCCAGCUAUGCCCAGGCUGUGCUGCGUACGGUGCAGGAGGCUGUGGACUCUGAUGUCACAGAGAGCAGCUCAGAUGAAGAGUUGGAGCCUGAGCAGAAAUGGGGGACCAGGUCUCGACCAGUUAGGCAUGGGUGUGAGUGGAGGUGGCAGAAGGAGAGGGCGGAGGUGGGCAGCAGGUGGACCUGGCUACAGCUGCGUGUGGCAGAGCUUGAGGGACUCAUCCAACAGCUGGGGGACUUGCACAAACAGAUCACCUUCACCAAGGGGGGUGUGGUCUUGGCAGAGUCGCAGCCGUUGACGGACAGGCAGAUCCAGCAGACGUUACUAACUGAGACAGCAGGGCUGUCGUUCAGGGCGGGGGGGAGCGCUAGAGACCCUCCCUCCGACAUGGAGAACGAACCCAGCAGCCCCACUCGCCUCCUCAGGAACAUACAGAGACAGAGUGCCCAACUGAGCCAGAUCGUCAACAGCCUGAUGCCUCCUCUGAACCUCUCUCCCUCCUCCUCUCCCAUCUCUAAAGACUCCUGGAGGUGGAAAGGACAGACCAAGAGAGCCUUCAGCAGUGGUCUGCUCCUGGGAGGAUAUGACCCCUUCUCCCAGAAGGGACCCAAGAGGAGGAGAGUGAACCGCAGGAGACAACACUUCCUCCAAGUGGAUGCUACCUGUGUCUCAGCCCGCACCCGACCCUUGGUGACCUAUCACAAACCUCGACUCUUCAUUAACACCAGCCACAGACAGCAGGACCCAGCCUCCCUCUCCUCCUCCCUCUGUCCCACCUGUGUCUCCUGUGACUCCCUGGCCCUGUGUUCUGACCCAGCUUGUUCCUCCGGCAGCACCCUGACCUCCAGGACCAGUCGCUUUAGGACACACCCUGUUCUCUCUCUCCCCUCAGAUAGCCUUCUGUCCCACCACCUCCAGAACUCUGCCCUGCUCAGAGAGGACUGGGUCCAGCGACCUCUACUACCGGUCAAGACAGAGUCCAGUCAUGUCUACUACCACCAGAGCUAUAGGGACAGGGGACACACUUCUCCAUCAGGGUUCAGUUGCAGCCACAGCCACAUGCAGCAUGGGAGGAACCGGAGGGGAGUGGCCAGGGGCGUGUCACCUGUCAGAUGGGCGGGUUCCGCUCAGACCCCACACAGGAAGGCCUAUCGCGGGGGGAGGAAGAAGAGACACACCCACAGGACCAUAGAAGAUGAAGAGGACCUCUUGUCUCAGCUGUCAGACCCUGAGAACAGUCCAGAGGAGAGCCUGGAGGAUGCCGUUACACCCCAGACCUCACACACACAUAAACAGGGCCCAAUCCGCAGACGUCAGGGAGAGAGUGUUUACAACAUUGACAACAUCGUCAUCCCCAUGGCCCUGGCUGCCACUACCAAGGUGGAGAAACUCCAGUACAAAGACAUUAUAACACCAAGCUGGAGAGUGGUUGAUAACGCACCCCUGGAAGAGAGAGAGAGACAGGAAGAGGAGGAGGAAGAGGAGCUGCUGUGUGACGAGACCUUUUCCCAGAGGCAUCUGGGGUGCGAAAAGAGAGAGAAACUCUGCUGGACCUCCUGGGAUAAGAGCAGAUGCUACAGACGCACCACCAGGUCUGGCAGUAGGAACGAUGGAGCAGGUGUUUCUGAAUGGGACUGCGCUGUCAGGGGUGACACCAGAGGUGACACCAGAGGUGACAUGAGCACUCACGUGGACUGGAGCUGCAGUCAUCUGGACACGGACACAGACAGAGCCUUAGAGGAGUGGGUGCCUCGACUCCCGUGGGACAGUCGUGUGUUCCCGCUGUGUGAGGAUGAGGCUCUAAGGUGUCAUGAAGAGGAGCAGGAGGAGCCUCGCUGGGAGGAGAGAGAGAAAGCAGAUUCCACUAGCAGCACAGAUGACAGCAGCAGCUCUGUCCAGUCACCCCCAUCCUCAGCCCUGUCUUCAGCCCUGUCCCUGUCCAGUACAACGGCACCACCUGCUGGAUACUAUGAGAACAGCACCCUAACAGCAGACAGCAGUCACCUGAAAUGACUUGGCUUUACCAUGGCACAGAUCGCUUCAGGAGUUUAGGGGACCCAAAGGGACAAAGAUACAAGAGGAGGCCUGAACUCCCUGGAGUAGAUGUCACACAUAAUGUGUACCUCAUUUUAACGUACACAUUAUAUUUAAUUACACACUAUAUUUCCUAAACACAGUGAUGUUUUAUUUGGGUUCAAAUGUUUUGGAGGAGUGUUUUUUUUUAUUUAAAACAUUGUGAUUAGUUUUAAUGCUUUCAGUUUAUAUGCUGUAUUUUAAGGUAUUGGUUGGGAUUGUGUUGGAUAUUCAACAUAUACACAUUUAACAUUUUUAAAAGUUACCCUGACCUGCAUUCAUAUUGAAGAUCUGUGUACUAGUGCACAAUCGAUCGUAACCUUGGCUGACAAUGUACCACAGUAUGUAAAUAGUUGUUGCCUGAUAUUUAUUUUAUGUUUCAAGAUGUGUCUGAAAAUGCAGUCUUAAAAUAUAUAUAUAUAUAAAUAUAUGUGUACGUACAUAUUUUUAGAUUUUCACCAGUUUAUUUCUUGGUUAGCAGAUAAUUUUUUUAAUACGAUUUUUAUACAGACCAAACAGUUUAAGUUGUUUUGUUGGUGUACUGCUUGUCUCAGCUUGACAGCGGUGUCAUCUCUGUUGAUGACAUUAAAAUCAUUCAGGCCACUGUUGUUUGGCUAUUGUUAUCACAUUAUUAAGGACAAAACAGACUGCUGAAAAACGGUUAAAAGCAGCGGGGGGUUGUCUUAUCGCAACUGACCACAGAACAUCGGACGCCAGUUUCUGUUCAUGUCCCGACGAUUCUACAUAGCAGGUGAACUUCUGUGCUGGCAGAGGUUCGUUAAGGUGUCUUCUCCUGUAUUACUGUAUUGAGCCAUCAAAACAGUUACUGUGUAAUGACUGUUUUACCCAUGCUCAACAAAGUGUGGCACUAUUGUCUUUGAUAAACACAAUAAUUUAGUGGGACACAAAACUGUUUAGCUAGAGGCCUUAAAAGUAGUUUGUGACUAUACCAUUUUAUCCUUCAGUAGCAUCAUCAGGGGGUGCGUCCCAAAUGUCACCCUAUUCUCUAGAGCGCUACUUUCGACCAGGGCCCAUAUGGCGCUGGUCAAAAGUAGUGCACUAUGUAGGGAAUAGGGUGCCAUUUGGAAGGCUAAUUGCAGGCAAGUAGUGCUCAAUGUUAUAAGCUCCAACUGAGGCAGGAUUGGAGAACAACGGACGAGGAGAAGGGAGGGUUGUAUCUGAGAUUCCUUUUCCCCUCCUUCAUUAUACCAGACUUGAAAUCGAGAGGAGCCAUUGCCCUUAUACCUUCCUUGAAGUGUGCUUAAAGGGGCAGUGCAGUUAAAAAUGUGAUUUUCCAUUUUUAUGAUUAUUUUGUACAUAUAAGGUUGAAAUAACACUGCAUUUGUGGAAAUGAUGACAAUGCACGUUUUGUGUAAGAGCUGUUUGAUUAUUUGUGUUGCCUGUGCUACAGAUGGCUAUAUUGGUCUGCUAAUACAGGAGUAGUAAAGGCCCAGUGCUAUACAUUUUUGGAAUGUUUUUUCUCC